AUGAAUAGCAGUAGUAGUAAUGAAAGUAAUUCAGAUGAUGAAAAAUGUCAUUUACCAACUGCUGAUUUAAUAUUUUCUGAUAAUGAAAAACAAGAUGAAGAACAAAUUGUUGUUAUACGACGAAAUAUUAGUAAACUUAAACGACAACAAGCAACAACAUCACUUCAAUCAUCUUUAUCCAUUCGAAAUACUUCAUCAAUUGAAUCUAUAGAUAAUCGUACUGUUGAUGAUGAUAAUGAUGUAAUCGUCUCUAAUCAAAUAACAAUAAAAAAUACUCAUCAUCAGACAAUAAAUGAUAAUAAUCAUGAUAUAAAUCGAACAAGUUUUAAUGAAUCCGAACGUACAGAUAGUGGCAUUGGACGUGAUAGUGGAUCAAGUUGGAGACUUAGCAAUUAUAGUGAUUCAUUCCAUUAUUCUCAACAACAACAACUACAACAACAAGUAGACAAACAACAAGGUAUUUACAUGUCAUUAAAUGAGAUGCAUAUAAAUUCUGAUUCUAAUGAUGAACGUAAUAAUGAUGAUGACGAUGAUAAUAAUAAUGAUGUUGAUGGUGAUGAUGAUCGUACACCAGUUCCACAAAUAAAUCUUAAUAGUCAAUUGUCUGAAGAUUCUUUUGAAAAUUUUCGAUUACAAAAAGCUAGUUGGCUUCAUGUUAAACAUUGGUUAACUGUACAACGUCAUCAUAAAGUUGAAUUAGCAUCAAAACGUCAAUGGAAACGUUAUUGGACAUGUUUAAAAGCAUCAAAUUUAUAUUUAUAUAAUGAUUAUACAGAUAUUAAACCAAAAAUUACAAUAAGUAAGUUUUUAAAUAUAUAA